CUGCUGUCCUGCAUGAUGUACAUCUGAUCGAGUGAGUGUGUGUGUGUGUGUGUGUGUGUGUGUGUGUGUGUGUGUGUUCGUUCAUCUUCCGCGAGCACACACGCCCUCUGUGCGCGUGCACGCCGCAGACCCACAAACCCACAUCAGAAUGUGCGCGAGAGCUGGAUGUGUGUCAAGGACACGAGCGAAUAACAACACGGGAUUCGUGCAUGAGUAAACAAGGAUUCGGGUUCGGAUCUUCAGCGGGUUCCGGUUCUGGUUCCGAUCCUAGCGGCUUCUGUGGGAUUCGGGCCCGAUCCGGAUCCUGCGACCCGUUUCUCUCUCCUGUGGAUUUAAAUGGACUCGUGAACCCGAUCCGGGUCUGAUGUUUAUGAACGAGACGCUGAGAUCAGCUCAACUGGCGAUGGAUGCCUAUAUGCUAAACAAAAACAUAAAUCUGAUGUGAAAUCAGAUUGAUCCUCAGCAUCGCCUCCAUUUUGAAUCUGAUUUAAUAUUAUGAUUUUAUUCGCGAUUAUGGAUUUAUUUCCGUCUCCUUGAUUUUAUUCACAUCAUGACGCGUUUGCUGUUAUGAUUGUUUUUCUGGAUGAUUGUUGAUGCUCUGCCGCGGAUUAUUGAUCUGAUCUGAUCGCCUUUGUAACCAUAAUCAGAGAAAAAGACUCGCAGAGACGGACAUUCGCGCUGGUUCGGUUCGGACACGCGGAGUGUGUUCAGUGAAUGAGCCAUGAAUGAGAGGUGAUGAAGAUGAUGAUGAUGAUGCUGGAGACACAGAAUGCGAGUCAGGAGAUCGGUGAGGAGGUAGAGGACGGUGCCGUGUUCAGCAUCACGCUGAGGAAGGUCCAGUUGUACCAGUCGUCGAGCAGGAGCCAGCGCUGGACGGGUCUGGACUCGGACUCAGGUCUGGGUCUGUACGAGACCUGUAAGCUGCGCAUCAUCAGAGCCGGGACGCUGGAGCGACUGGUGGAGAACAUGGUGACGGCCUUCAGAGGGAACGACUCCACAUACGUCACCAUCUUCCUCUGCACUUACAGGACCUUCGCUACUACUAAACAAGUGCUGGACCUGCUGCUCAACAGAUACGCUAAACUGCAGCCGGGCGCAGAAUCGCGCAGAAUGACCGCAGACGAGCGAACGGAGCUCAGGAACACCAUCUCCUCCAUCCUGGGCGCCUGGUUGGAUCAGUACUCUGAGGACUUCUGGAAGCCCCCGGAUUACUCCUGUCUGAGGCGCCUGAUCCACUACUUGCAGCUCAACUUCCCAGGAUCCGACCUGGAGCGCCGGGCCUGUAAUCUCUUGAGCCAGUUCCACCGCAGACUCACGCAGGAAUCACACCAGGAGGUGUUGGAUCAGGCCUGCUGUGCCUUCUCUCUGCUGGAGGAAAACGGAUUCCAUGAAGAUCGACCCGAUUUCCUGAGCUUUGACCCGAUUGUAGUGGCAGAGCAGUUCACCCUGAUGGACGCAGAGCUGUUUAAGCGUGUGGUGCCGUAUCACUGUUUGGGAAGCAUCUGGUCUCAGAGAGAUAAAAAAGGGAAGGAACAUCUGGCACCGACCAUCAGAGCCACGGUCAGCCAGUUCAACCGCGUCACCAACUGCGUUAUCUCCACGUGUCUGAGCGAGCGAACGCUGAAGAGCGGGCAGAGGGCCCGAAUCCUGGAGCACUGGAUACAAGUGGCCAGAGAAUGUCGGAUACUGAAGAACUUCUCUUCUCUUCGAGCGAUCCUCUCCGCGCUCCAGUGUAAUCCGGUUCACCGCCUCAAGAAAACAUGGGAUGAAGUUUCUCGGGAAAACAUCCGCAUCUUCCAGGAGCUGUCGGAGAUAUUCUCUGAUGAGAACAACCACUCGCUGAGCAGAGAACUGUUGAUCAAGGAAGGAACGUCUAAAUUCGCCACUCUGGAGAUAAACCCGAAACGAGCCCAGAAGCGACAGCAGCCGCAGAGAGAUCUGACUGUAAUGCAGGGGACGAUUCCUUAUCUGGGAACGUUCCUCACAGAUCUGGUGAUGAUGGACACAGCCAUGAAAGACUAUCUGGACGGAGGCCUGAUCAACUUUGAGAAGAGGAGGAAGGAGUUCGAGGUCAUUGCUCAGAUUAAGCUGUUACAGCUCGCGUGUAACAAUUAUAACUUCCAGCGAGUAGCAGGAUUCGGGACAUGGCUCUCCAGUGUAGAGAAACUCUCAGAAGCAGAGAGUUACAGUCAGUCGUGUGAGAUAGAGCCGCUCUCGGAAUCCGCCUCAAACACGCUGAGAGCCAAGAAGAGCUCGGGAAUCAUGAAGAGAUGGAGCGACCGUCAGCCGGCAGGGUCGGGCGAGGCCGGCGGCAGCAGCUCUGGCAGCUCACACUCGAAGUCCUUCGACCAGCUGCGCUUCCCUGUGUGUGUGAGCGGCUCUGUGUGUGACGGCGGAGACUCCCUCAGCGUGACAUCUGCCGGAUCCAGCAGUUCUGAUGUGGAGGAGCUCAACAUCAGCUUCAUCUCGGAGUCUCCCGACGCUCUGGAGAAGAAGACCUCAACGCCCUUCGCUAAACAUUCCAAUUCUACCGUAGGGAAGUGCGGCCCUACAGGAGACCUGAUACCCACGUUCUGGGAGUCCUCUUCUCUGUCAUCUCUGGACGCAUCGGGUCUGGGUUCUGGUUCUGGUUCUGGCUCCAGCAGUGCCUCCUCGUCUUCGGUGUCGGUCUCGCUCGCCCGCUCACACAAGCGCUCUGUGUCGGGCGUGUCCAGCUACUCGUCUCUCUCUCUGCCGCUCUACAACCAGCAGGUGGAUGACUGCUGCAUCAUCAGGGUCAGCAUGGACGUGGACAACGGAAACCUGUACAAGAGCAUACUGGUCACCAGUCAGGAUAAGACUCCUGCUGUAGUGAGGAAAGCCAUGGUCAAACACAACCUGGACCGUGAGCGAGCCGAGGAUUACGAGCUGGUGCAGAAAAUCAGUGAGGAGAAGGAGCUGAAGAUUCCCGACAACGCCAAUGUUUUUUAUGCCAUGAACUCGACAGCCAACUAUGACUUUGUCCUAAAGAAGAGAGGUUUCCCGCGAGGAAGCCGAAGCAAGCACGUGGCCAGCUCUACUCUUCCCCGCAUGAAGCAGAAGGGGCUGAAGAUCGCCAAGGGAAUCUUCUGAGUUUCAACCGGUGUCUGAACCCUGAGUGGCUGGCGGUGCGCUCGGCAAAACCGAGGAGCGACAGGAACCAGGACAACCUCAUGCUAAUCUGUGUUUACAGUCAUUUCUGAAUCUCCCAACAUUAGUCUGUGAUGUCACGGCUGUCAGCUGACCCGGCCCGGAGCAUUAAAGCAGCGAGUCGUGGACUACGGUCCCAGAAUGCCACUGUUCUCCAUCACAUGAUGCUGUGGUCAUCCGGCUGAUCACAUGACACGCACGCAUCGUCAGAAUGUUUUCCCUUGUUACGCUCAGGCCGAUGAAAUGUCUCAUGCUUUGAUUUCUCACGUUCAUUUACUCAUUCAGAGCCGGGCGUGGUUUUGUUGGUAAAAAAAAGAGAAAAAGGAAAAGGUGUCUCUUUAUCAAUGAACAAGAUGAACAGAAUUAAGUCUUUUAUAUUGACCGUCUCCAUCUCAGCGACGCUCGACCGCUGUAUCUCUUCGAGAUAUCCUGUCUUGGUGUCUGCACUUCUGCCGUGUGAUGCGUGGCUUGUCCCGAAACUAAUAUCCGACAGCGGGGAGGACAGCGGUGUUUCGCUUAGAGACGUUGGCUUGCGGUCGUGAUGAACUGCACUGAGAAGGAGAGAAACAACAUGAAAUGUGAAUCUGCACACAUGAAGAUACACUAACAUGAAUUGUAAUGAGAGUAUGUCUUGUUUUACCUGUAGUUCAGUGAUGGUUCUCGACUGGAUACACACAGCUGGGAUACGCAGACCUGCCAUAUUCCUAGAAUCCUUUAUACGUGACUACGAGUGUGUGUGUGUGUGUGUGUGUGCGUGCAUGUGCUUGUUAUACGUUUUAAUGUCUUGGUAUGUGUGUUCUUGUCUUGUGUUUCAUGAUGACAAAACCAAAAGGGCCAAAGAUCUCUGCGCCUUUAAAGUCCAGUGAGAUCAGCACUGCCUGUUCAGGAAAACCAAACGCUUGCCAAGAUCUCUCAGAUCCCAUCGGAAAAACACACAUAUCUGGUGCCAUUUCUUUCUAUUUAAGAAAAAACACAAAAGAAAGACUCACACACUCUGGUUUUGUAUGUUCUUUUUUGUAAUUUUUGUACAAUAUGAAUUGUCCUUUGUACUUUCGCCUUUCAUUUGGUUUGUUUGUGUGCGUGCGUAUGUGUAUUUAUUGAUUUGUAAAUACUUUUUGUAGCAUUGUACAUUUAAUUUCUUCUCCCAUGUAAUUAUAAAUUAAUAUGUAAAUAUGAAUAUAUCUAUUGCGAAGUUUAUACCACUGCAAAUAAGGGAUUGUGUUUCUUUCAGCUUCUGUUCGUUGUCUUCUUUUCAUGGUUUAAAUUUGAUAUUGUUUUUUCAUUAUGAUGCACUGUUUCUAAUAUUGGAGAAGACGACUAAUAAACAUGCAGUGCGAUUCAG